CAAACGAUUUUGGAUUUAUCUUAAAAAAUAACCAAAUUAUUAUAAAUUAGAUUUUAAUUUCGAAAAAGAAAAUAACUUUUAAGAUGAUCGAACAGCAACAACAACAAAAACAAAAACCAGAAAGAAUACCACGACAUGAAUAUCGUUAUUGUCGUUUGUGUCAUAAACGUGGUCGAAAUACAUCGUUGAUUCGUCCAUGUGAUUGUCUGAUUACCAAUUAUGUACAUGUUAAUUGUCUUGCUGAACAUAUGUUAUCGAAUGAUCGAAUUCAUUGUGAUCAAUGUUCGGGACAAUAUCGUGGAAUACGUUAUAGUUAUACAAGAAAAUCAUUUUUCGAAUGGCUGUGGAAAGAAUCAACAGCUCGUAAUAGUUUAUUAUCCUGUAUAAGUUUAUUAUGUUCAAUUCAGGUUUGUCUUUAUUCGCUAUGGCAAACAUUGUUUACCGAUGAAUUGGAAGAUUUUGUUGAUGAUAUUACCGAUAUUGAUUUUAAUCUAACCAGUGAUGCUAUCAAACAUAAUAUGAGUAUCAUAAUGAUCAUUCAGGUUAAAAUAGUAUUACCUGUUUUAUCGAUUAUAUGUGCUAUUAAACAACCGAUUACCGUUUGGAAUGAUUAUCAUAAAUAUUGUCAAAAUCAUUACAAUAUUUACAUUGAUGAGGCAUUAACCGCUUCACAUCAGCCACAUCAACAACAACAACAACAACAAUGAUAAUCACAUGAAUACUUGACAAUAAACUAAAAUUUUAUCAAAUUAAUGAA